AUAGAACUAGGAUUUAGCGUGGAGCACUAUUUGGAUGCGCAUCGUCAAGCAUUGCUAGAUCUUUCACGCUCAUUCUGUCAGCAUCCAAUAUUUUUUGUUCCCAGGCACACGCUGUUCCACAUUAUCUCCUCUCUCUUCUACAUACCCAGAAAUGACUGUCGAGAUACCCGUAUGGCAACAAAGAGCCAAUGCUGCGCAAGAACGCCGUGAAAAGCAACUACCAGAUGAAUACCGCAUCCCCAAGGACAAAAUGCCUGAUGACUCUGUAUUGGAUGUCUCCAACUUCCCAAGAGAAUCUGGAUUAUUCUCAGAAGAAGAACUGGAAAUCACAGAAGUGUCUGCACCUGUCCUUUUGAAAAACAUCGAAGAGAAGAAAUGGUCAGCCGUUCAAGUGACAAAGGCUUACAGCAAGCGCGCUGCCUAUGCCCAACAACUCCUCAAUUGUUUGUCCGAAAUGCGAUUCGAACAAGCUAUUGCCGAAGCCCAGGAACUCGACGACUACUACGAAAGAGAAGGCAAAUUGAAGGGUCCUUUGCACGGUCUUCCAGUUUCCAUCAAAGACAACCAUCUUUUCAAAGGCACCACAUCUGGUGUCGGCUUCACAAGCUGGACGGAAAAGGUUUACGAAGAGAAUUCUGUCAUUGCUCAGCUCAUCAUUGAUAUGGGCGCUGUUGUCUACUGCAAAACUACCGUCCCCUUGGCGAUGAUGUCUUGCGAGACUGAAUCGAGAGUCUAUGGUGUAACAACCAAUCCAAAGAACAGAAGCCACGGUGUCGGAGGUAGCUCAGGAGGUGAAGGCGCGCUCUCUGCUUUUGGGGGCUCUCCUGUUGGUUUUGGAUCCGACAUUGGUGGAAGUAUUCGUAUCCCAUCUAACUACAAUGGUCUUUUUGGACUUAAAGGAACCUCUGGUCGUAUACCAACAGCUGGAACUCUUGCAGGAUUGGGAGGACAAUUCCACGUCAAGUCUAUUGCUGGACCCAUGGCAAGAUCGCUUGAAUCCGUAGAAUUAUUAGCCAAGGUCCUUUACAACAGCCAUCCUGAACUAUUGGACGAAAACUGUGUACCCAUUCCAUGGAGAGAGCCCGUUUUACCCAAGAGACUGGUGUUUGCUGUCCUUCGAUCUGACAAAUAUUGCCGACCUACACCUGCGGUGACACGAGCUGUUGAAAAGGCUGUGGAAGCCGUCAAGGCCCAAGGCCACGAAGUGAUAGAGUGGGAACCUAUUGACCACGAUAAACUCGACAAUUUGAUGCUUGCUUUCUUCACCUCAGACGGUGGUGCUGGCAUCAGGGCAGCUUUGGAAGAUGAACCUUUGCUAGAACAUCAGGCAAUGGGAAGUCACCUGCUCAAAGAAAUUCCAGGCAGCGUUAUCUGGGCCGCUCAAAGACAGAGAGUCGGUAUCGAAAAGGCCAUUUUGGCACAAUGGAACAACAGCUCUAAGGUGUCAUCCUCUGGACAAGUCAUAGAUGGUAUCAUUGCUCCUGUGACCGCCGUACCAGCAUACCCUCACCGCAAGGCCAACUAUGUUGGUUAUACCAACUACUGGAAUAUUGUGGAUUACCCUGCUGUAGCUUUCCCAGUACUCAGAGCCGAUGCUUCUAUUGAUGGUAAGCCAGAUUUGGAGUAUAUCUCACCAGUUGAAAAGCGACUUUGGGACGACUUUGAUCCUGUUGCCUGUGAUGGAGGAUGUGUUGGUCUUCAGAUUAUCACUAGAAGAUACGAGGACGAGAAAGCGUUGAAGCUUGCCGGCGUGAUCACCGAUGCUUUGCAAAAAGCGUAAUUGUAUUUAAUUUUGUUGUAAUAAAACGGGUUGCUGAUUGAAAGAA